CACAUACACACAUAUGCAUACAAAAAUUUUUCACUGCAUACGGAUUAUCGAAGUUUAUCCAGAUGUAAAAAAAAUUUAGAAGUAUAACACGCGGAAAAAUGGGACGGACAAUUUAUGUUGAGGAACAUCUUCGCACGUAUUUGACAUCAUUAGCAAAACCAGAUACAUAUGUGAUAGGAUUGAUUUUAGGACAGAGUGCUGGGCAAAAAGCUUAUGUUGUGCACUUAGCGAAGACAUCACCUCCUUUUACGAAAAGUAUUAUUGACAAAACGUCAAUUAAUGUAUUAAAGACAGAACAAGCUUCAGUAAAGAUAAAAUCUGUUAAAGAUAUACCUAUGAAUUGGGUCGCUGAUCAUGCUAAAUGUGUUACAAGAAUGUUACCUGGUGGAAUGUGGGUUCUUGGUAUAUUUAUUGUUGGACCUGAGGAUAUUUUCGACGAUACUAGUAACGUAGAAAAUCUUAAAUCAAUUCUUGGUGCAAUUCACAAAACUUUAUCAUGGAAUAAUAAGUAUCUCUGUAGAAAUAAUCAAGAUGAGAAGCUGAUAUUAAGUUUUAACAGUAUUACAGAAAAAUAUAUUUGCAAAUCUAUAGAUAUUAUUAAAGACAGUAUGUUAAAACCAGCCGAUUGGAAAUUCCAAGAAAAAGCAACUAAGUGGCAUCAACUUGAAACUCUAGUAGACUUUGACAAAUUGUAUCUUAUUUUUAGAGAGCCAAUUCCUAAACCUCUCAAGAAGCAAUUACAGAAUAUUUUGACAAACAUAGCAGAUUUAAUCGAUUCUUCACUUAUUGUUAUCGAGGGAGAAGUCAGAUCUCCGGAUGACACAUUGGAAGUGUUUAGCAAAAAAAAGAAGAGUAGCAACAAUGAAUGUAAAAAUAAGACAAAUGAUAGUAAUAAUUCAUUUCAAGUUAGCCUAUAUAUUCCCUGCUCAGAAGAUACGAAAGUAAUAACAAGAAUGGCAUGCAGCGGAUCGAUACGAUUAAUUGGAAAAUUAGUCAGUAGAACAUUUAUACAUCAGAAAGCCAGUAUUGCAGAGGUUAAUACUGCCGUGAAAGAAGAUAUAGUGAGAUCACUGGCCAGUAGAUUGGAAAUGCAUUGGGAUAGUUUAAUAGUAGAAGAAAAUGAUUUUCUCAGCGAAGAAAAAGUCACUUGUUCACCAGAAAAAAUCAUGGUGCAUGAACCACCGAGACGAGUGUUUAUAGCAUUACCAGAAAAUAAAGUUACGUUAUCGGAUUAUCUGUUUCCUGGCGAAGGGCCGCAAGAAGCAUUAUUGUCAGUGCAGGAACUUUUAGAUUUCGAAAUACAAGAAAGUCAGGUUGAAAAAGAUGUCGAAUUACAAGCUGACCCUAUAGAAAUCUACAGCAAUGUCAAUACUAAUCCGUUGGACAAUGAUGUUGAUACAAUUGGAAAUUAUCAAAUGGCCACGUACCUUACUGGCUUAGGUGCUGCAUUUUUUAUAUUGUUGGUAGCUGUCUUCGUUUACCAGCUCAUGAUUUAAUAAUAUAA